AUUUAAUAUUAAAAAAAUAAUUUUGGAACAUGCGUUUAUGCGGUGCAUUUAAAUGUGGCACUGCAGUUUUAUUUUACGUGGUUUAUUUCCUGCUAUCCGUCAAAUAUGCAACUGGAGGCGAUCCGUAUUCAAAUCCGUCACGUCAAAAUCUAUCUAAAUCCGACGACUUCCAUUUCUUUUAUCAAGGAGUCAAAGGUACACCCGGAGUUGAUUUUCCUGUAUAUUCUCAUAUACCUCGGACGCUAUUCACCUGUCAAGGAUUAGAAUCUGGAUAUUAUGCUGAUACAGAUACAGAUUGUCAGGUAUUUCACAUCUGCGAAGAUGAAAAGAAAAUAUCCUUCUUAUGCCCCAACGGAACCAUCUUCCAACAAUCAGAUUUAAUCUGCGAGUGGUGGUUUAAAGUAAAUUGUAGUCAUUCCCCUUUUUUAUAUGAAGAAAGUGCGGAAAAUUUAAGAGAAGAUAACGCGCGAAGGAAAUUAAAUCGUAGAGUUCAGCUGUACAAUGGAGAAAAAAAUUCUAAUCAACUCAAGAAGAACUCAUCUGUUGAUAGAAAAUUAUUUAAUAAGGAACCGAAUCAAAAUAACGAAUUUAAAAAUAAAACUUUCAAUGCUAGAAAUAACAAUGUUGGUAAUCAUAAAGUUAAUUCAAGAAAUUCUAAUAAAAUUAUAACAAGUUCCGAACAACAAACAGCAGCACAUCAAAAAACGAGAAGAUACAACGAGAACGAUCUCGGCAAUUUCGAAAAUAACGAUGUUUUUCCUACUAGUACUGUAGCUAGUACUACAAAAAAGUAUUUCGUCAAUUUGAGAAGUACUCAAAAAGAAUAUCACGUCGAAUUUCCACUAACAGCUCCAGACUACGAAAACGAAGAAUCUCCAACUAGGAAAAAUACUAAUUUAUCGCAAAUUUCGGAUGAAUCACAAGUACCAGAAGAAACAGCGGCGUUCGUAAAGAAUUCAUUAAACACCAUCCACGAAACUUCUUCGUAUAACCCGUUUCCGAAUCACAGAACAACAUAUUCAGAUCUAAAAACAAUUCCGUAUACUUACCCUAAAAUUCACAGUACAAUAUCUUCAGUUACCCCUCAGUAUAUUACAACACAACCUAUUAAUAACGGUAAACCAUUCCUAGGUAACAGAGUCGGUGGUAAGAUCAAAUCCACAAAAGAUCCUUUAUUCGUAAAUCCUUUAAUAAUGAAUAACACAAAAAUCGAUAAAGCUUUAGAUACAGACCAAGUUUUUAAAGUACACGUUAUUACAAAUGUAGAAAAAAAUUCAACAAACUCAUCUUUAGUAACACCUAAAGUAUUAGAAAAAAUAUUGUUCGCAAAAAUUAAACCAAUAGAAGAAACAACUGAUUUAACAACAACGAUAUUACCCACUACAACUGUAUCAACAACAGAAGCUACUACGAAAAAUAAUCCAACGAAAAAGCAAGUUAAAACAACAUAUGAACCAUUUAAAAUAAGAUCGAGGUUAGAAAGUUCAACUACAAGACCAAGAACUAAAGAUUACGCCGUCGUUUAUGGAUCGUAUCCUUCAACAACUCCCAGAUCUCUACCAAGUAACGCGGUUCAAGUGAAAUUCAAUAAAACAGUGACAAAAAUCGGGAUCCAAUUAGGAAAAUCAUUCGGUUCAUCACAACCUAAGCCAAUUACAUCCGUCGUUAAACCAAUAGAUAAGAUAGCAGUCGACGAAGAAGAAAUUCUUGAACGUCAAUCGACUGGUACAACCCCAUUACUACGGAACAAACAAAGUUUUUAUACAACAUCAGAACCUUUUAGUGAUAACCGUAUUUAUAAUAUCAAAAUUCGCAGUACAACUCAACAACCACGACCGUUCCAAAAAGUGUCGUUUGCAACGUUAACAUCGUCUUCCACUACUUCAAGUUAUGAUCCCGAGAAUUAUGAACGUUAUAAAAUAUCAACUGCUGGUCCUUUUAAACCAUUUAAUAGUCCCGAACCUACUUCACCGACUCCUUUUGUCGUUCCUACGACUAUUAUUGAUGAACAUGUUGAUAAUAUGAUUGACGUCCUCACUGCGCUUUCUAAAGAACGUGAAAUAUCCGUCGGGAAUUCAAGACCAGGUUUGGUAGUACCACCUUCUGUGGGACCACAAACUUUACAUACUUUAUCAGUAUAUUUCGCUAAUGCUUUAGAUGAAGUAAUAGCUCAGAAAGCUAAAACAUCUAAUAAGCAUCAAGAAAAACUAAUGAUGGAUAAUAAAGAGAAAUUAACCACGCUUCUAACCCAAAUGACAGUUCAUGGUUACAAUCAGUUAUUUUAUAAAAAACCGCCACCAGAUAAUACGAAUAACAAUGAAAAAAUCGUUACAAAAAAGGAAGAUUUUAAAUUAGAAAGUCCUCAAAUACGACAGCUCGCUAAAAAUUUCACAUUAGCUUUAUCCGCUUAUUUAAACGAUCCGGAAAUGUUUAGAAAAGAUUUGGAGAAUUACAGACCGACCGAACCACCGGAAACAACAACUGAAAUCGCCGGAAUCGAUGAGGAAUUGUUGAAUUAUUCGGAUACCGAUACGAAAACUAAUCUUCCUCCUAUUUUCACGACAUCUCAAUCGCCGCUACCCACUUGGGGUUUUAUUUUAGCCGACGUCGAUAACGUUAUUAAUUCAGAUUUGAACACUGCCGAUACUCAAUCUUUCCUACCGGGUUUAAACGAUAUAAAAAGAGAAAAAACUAGAACUGCUUCAUUCAAUGAUUUACCGAAGGAUCAUUGGACGACGUCUACGACGGCUACGAACUUAUGGAAAAAUACUUUCGCUGUAGAUCCGUCGUUAUUGAACGACGAGUUUGAUUCUACUUUAUCAUUCGACGGGUCUACAGAAGUGGAAAACACGACGCCGGAAAAUAUACAACUUGAAGAAAUAAAUUACGAACUUCAUAAGUUACCGAAUGUUACUAUAAAUUCCUCGGAGGUAUCGGGUAUUUUGAUUAAUUUUAUGAACAAUACCGGUAGCAAUAACAAAUUACAUCGUAUACUUAAAAAACUCAAUACAACGGAAAAUGAGUUUUUGAUAAAAAUGAGAGAAAUAGAAUCGAAUCCGAUAACGAGAAGAUUGAUUUUGCUUUUAAUCAGCGAAUGUGGUAAAAAUGUAACCAAAGAUAUCAAAGAUGAUAAUUAUGACAGUCUUAAAGCUUUGGAAUCAACCGAGACUAACCCGCUGUCGACUAGUCAACAAGCUAUACGAUCCAGUCAUAAUUCUUUUAGCCCCUUUUUAGGGCCUACUAUAAACGAAGAGGACCAAGACACCAGAGCUCUUCAAUUAUUGAAUACAUUGUAUACUAUAGCUUCUAAGUUAGGUAAAUGAUAUGAAGACUUUAAAAUGGUUUAGAUCAGUGGUUCCCAGCCGGGGGAUCGCGACCAGUGACAGAUUAAAGGAAUUCCGCGUGACGAUUUGAUUUACUGGACAGUUUGAAUUUGUUAAAUAAUACAAAAGGGUGGGGAUGUUUAGUACAGUUUUGCUUUUUAUUUUUUUUUUAUUUUAGCCGUAGCUUUACAAUUAAGAAUUUGGUUUGGUCCACUAUUAUAAAGGACCUCCACCAUAAGGUGAUUUGGGAAAUUGUUAAGCGAGGGUUUGGGCUACAACAUGGAAUCAAACCAACAAAAAUGACUGAAAAGUUAAUAUCUAUAUACAUUGCUAUUCCUUAUACUGAAUAUAUACCACAAGCGCUACAGCCUUACAGGGGAGCUUCGACUUUAUCUAACCUCGAACGCCCUCCUUCAUGGUCUCCUGUAAGAAUCAUCCAUACCAGUAAAUUUUUCUCAGUAUCUUUUUGCUAACGUCAUUACUCCAUGAACUUUAUCUUUGCAGUGUUUUCAAAAUUUACAAAAGUUCCUCUGCUUUUCUUAUGGUUCUAGAGGUCAGAUCUAUGUUGUCUGCGUAAGCAAGCACCUGCGAUGAUUUAUUAAAGAUAGUACCGCAUCUCGAACUAUUUUUUCAGUACUAUUUUGGACAGGAGAUACACCAGCGCGACAUCCUGCCUCACAGGUUUGUCUCGAAUGAGUCUGAUAUUUCAUUCUGUAUUUUAAGGUGACAUACCGUCUUUGGCAAUUCAAUCAGAGUUUUUGGUAUAUGUAAGUUCAUUCGUGGCCUGGAAAACUAUUAUAUACCGCCUCGAAAGCAUCUAGUUUACUAUGAAAAUCACUUCUAUUGCUGAGUCGUGAACCUGGACUUGAGCAUAUCCAUCAUGAUUGUCCAUGAAACUAGUUCCUAAAUUGUAAAUGUCUUAUUUGAUUUCCCUAACCAAUUGGAAUAGAGAUUUUUGCUCAUUUUCAGACUUUUUGUUGUGGAGACUGAGUAUAUCGUCAAUUUAUUUGUAUAAGAUCUUCCAUUUCGAGUCAUGGUCAUUUAGAAUAUCAUAUAUAGAUAGUUGGAAAGAUGUCAUUGUUUUUCUAAGCAGGAACCUAUAUCUUUGACAUUUUCUAGACGGAUCUGAGAUUUCUGUAGUUGUGACAGUGAAGAUAUUUUCGAGUGGGAGAAUCACAAAUAGUCGUUGGAAAAGGCAGAAAAUAAUCCUACAAAUGAUGUGUAUGAAGCUUCAGAAUCAACUGUGGUUAUUACCAAAUGAGUCAUGGCCAAGAAAAGCACGCAGGAGCAAAUCAAAAGUUAGAGCGGUGCUGAGUAUUCCGCAAAGCAACCUACCAAUGCACUUUGAAUGUGUGGCAGUUCUUAGUGUAGUUUCCUGAAGAAGAAGGAUUCCUUCUCUCUAAAAUCAAAUCUUCAUUUCACUAGGAGGAGCUAAUUGAAGCGAAUUAAAUAUUGACUCUAGACUAGACUAGACUAGAAUAUACGACGUAUGAGGAUAAUCUUACCACAAUACGCGAUUUUAAAGCCACUACUAGUUAUCCAUUAAAGGAUUUAUUAUUUACUGGUCUUACAGUUCAGCAUAAAUUAUUCUCGAUUAUCUCAAGAAUGGGAUUGAGAAUGGUAAUAUUGAAUGUGGACAUUAACAUUAUGAUUAGGCAGAUUUUAGUUCAUCCUAAUGACAGAUAUUAUCAACAAAUAAUAUGGCGCGAGGAUGAACAACAGUCCAUGGGUGCUGAAAAAUCUAAUAUUAUGGUACUUUUGAUGAUAGAUCACCUUUGUUAUGGUCUUGUCCAGUGCAGUACUACACAUACCAUGCAAAAAUUUCUGCGACACUCCCUACCACAGUCUGUUAUCUAAUGACUAGCUCAGAAUCCGCAGUAAUGUCUGAUUUCUAUAAGUACAUGGUCUAUUUGGUUCUCAGUUUCUCCAUCGUGCUUUCCACUACCAAAUUAUUUGAAGCCAGAAUUUUAUGAAAAUGAUUCCAUCGGUAUUACAUCAUCUUAUACUGAAAUUUAAGGUAUCUGAUGAUUUCCGUCAGAUUUUCUGAUAAGCCCUCUAUUUGUGUUGAUUUCUUUUUUGGUUUGUGUUUUUGUGUUUGUAUUUUGAACAGCGUUUCUUUGCAUCGAUCCCAAAAAGGUUUGGAACCAUUGGUUUAUAUGAUAUAGCCAUAUAGCAUAAGAUAAUGUAUUACAAAAAGAUGAUUUUAUAAAUAUAUAGUUACCAGUUGAGUAAUUUUGUGCAUAUAUAUAGUACGAAUCGAGUAAUUGCUUCAAAUAACAAAUACCGGGUGUCCCAAAUAUUAUAUACUGGCAAUAACACCUCUUAAUAGACAUUACGAGUCAUUCUAUUAGGUAGUUAAUCCUUGUGAAUCUCUUAAAACAAAGAAAGUUAUCACAGUCCUCAAGCUUAUAUUUUGUGGAAUCCAUGGAGGCUGCAAAACGAAUCAGAGCUGCGCUCUUUAAUAUUAUCUGAAUCUGUAGUUGCUAAACCAAAUUUUGAAGAUAAUUUCACAAAAAAAAUGUAUUAGUAGUGAGAUCUGGAUAGAGAACAAGCUGUAGUACCAAUUUCCCGUUGGGAAAAGUUAAUAGAAAUUCUGGUAAUUAUGUAGUUUAACCCCCUAACUUCUGAUCACCUUGAAAUUUCAAUAUUUUAUAGAGGCAAUUAUGCUGAUUAAUUUUAUAUAUAAAUGUUGGGCGCGAAAUGUGUGUCUUCACAUAGUUUUUCAUCUUUGAAACUCUGAAGAAAUAUGUGUAUUAGGCUAAUCCUUAUUACUACUUCUUAUAAUAAAAACGACAGUACCGUGCGACGAAUUUGUACAAAAUAACCUAACCUAACCUAAUCUGUGUUAAAAAACUAGUCAAAUAAUCAUUUUGGACAUCCCACCCGUCCUUACUUUCAACUUCCUUUUGCAUCAGACAUUCUUAAAGUAACACACUAUUUAAUUUUUAUAUUUUUCUACUUAAAAAAACUAUUUGAAGAUGACGUUUCCGCGCCCAACAUGUUUCACAAUUAGUGAAAAAAAUGUAAAUAUCUUUCCAGUCGACGUGUCCUUCAAACUAAUCACAGAUAAGUCUGAAUGCCUCCUAAUAAAAAUGUACAAAGGGACUCGUUAUACACCUAUUUUUAUAAUGGAAUUUUCAUGAGAUACUGCCUGUAUACGAUAACUUAGGACAAACUGUAUAGUGUAUUGCGUUUAUUUUAUUUAAAACUUAAGUUAGAUUUUUCUAUAAAUAUAUAUCAACCAAUCAAUUCUUUUAUGAGAUUUGUUUUUUGUAAUUACUCUAAAUAGGAAGUAGAUGUAGGUUUUUAUUUUUAUAUUUUUGAUAUAGAUGUUGAAUACACAGUGGUUAUUUUUUUAAUAGCGAAAAUAUAAAGAAAACUGGACAAGAAUACGAUUAUCAAAUUCACUUACAAUUUUUUCUGACUUUUCAUUUAUUUUAUUGAAAUUAUUUAUUCAAAAGAUUGAAAAUUGAUAAUUACUUUUCGAAUUAUAAUAAUUAAUGAAAUUUUUAUUUAAACCAGUAUUAAAAUUUUUUGUAAGAAAAUUAUUUGUCAUAUAUCUAAAAUUAAAUAUAGGCAACCAGUAUUUAGAGUAUCCAUACUCAUAGGCAACCAGCAUAACAUUUUAAGAAGGAAAUUGUCACGUUCCAAUUAGUUUAACAAUAAGUAUUUAUUCCAAAAACCAAAAUUGAAGUAUGCCCUUGGAGAAUCAAACUAUGAAAGGGUUGGUUGAUUAUGCUGUUCUCGAAUACUAAAUUUUCAUUUAUUUUCAUUUAGUGACUACCGAUUUUAAAUGUUGUUUAAUAGGCCAAAGAAAAGAAAAUGAUAAAUUUAUUAUAUCCCAACGAAUGUACAGAUGUUUCGAACAACAGUUUUAAUUUUACAAAAAAUAAUCGUCUUCUUGUCCAAUCAUAUUUAUUUAUUUAUUUAGUGAUGUUGUAAUUCAGUAUUAAUACUCACAGAUGGGAAUAAAAUAUGCAUAAUUAUUUUCGUUCCUUAUGUUCCUGUAUAGAUCAGUUUUUAUAAACAUUGUCAUUGCUAAGUUAUUUUUUUCAAAAGAAUCUGUCAAUAAGUCAUUAAUACAAAGUUUUUAAUGUAUUAAUUAUUGCAAAUUUCUGUGUAAAAUUAUUUCUUCAGUUCAAUUUAACACGAAAAGUUGUUUAUUAAAACCAGAUUAAAGACGUCGCGCGAACUCGCCGAUUUUUAAACUUCCAUUGGCUGGACAGGGCCGGCCUAAGGACGCACCUCACGAGCUUCUCCGUAGCAAUAUAUUAUGAUUUUGAAGUUACCUAUUAUAUAUUUAAAACAACAUUGUAGUUACAAAAUUAAUGAACAUUUCGUUAAUAAACUUUUUAGAUUU